AUGGGGAGGGAGCAGGGCAGUCCCGCCCCGCCCCGCCCCUCCACGCAAGCCCCGCCCCGGCUGUCAGGGACUAGGAAACCCCGCCCCGAGCCGGGCGCGCGCUCCCAGGCAAAGCCCAGCCUACCGCCCCUUAUCCCCAGCUCUGCACGGGGUCGCCAACCGAACCACCUCAAGAGCUGCGGAUUGCAGCCUCGGCGGACCCAAGAGGUAGAGAGCGACAUGGCGGCGGCCAAGCCCGAGAACCUCUCCCUGGUGGUACACGGACCCGGAGACCUGCGCUUGGAGAACUAUCCUAUCCCUGAACCAGGCCCAAAUGAGGUGCUGCUGAAGAUGCAUUCUGUUGGAAUCUGCGGCUCAGAUGUCCACUACUGGCAGCAUGGUCGAAUUGGAGAUUUUGUUGUGAAAAAGCCAAUGGUGCUGGGGCAUGAAGCCUCAGGAACAGUCGUAAAAGUGGGAUCAUUGGUCAAACACCUAAAACCAGGUGAUCGUGUUGCCAUUGAGCCUGGUGCUCCCCGAGAAGCUGAUGAAUUCUGCAAGAUUGGCCGAUACAAUCUGUCACCAACCAUCUUCUUCUGUGCCACGCCCCCUGAUGACGGGAACCUCUGCCGGUUCUACAAGCACAAUGCUAACUUCUGCUACAAACUUCCUGACAAUGUCACCUUUGAGGAAGGGGCCCUGAUUGAGCCACUGUCUGUGGGGAUCCAUGCCUGCCGGCGAGCUGGAGUCACCCUGGGGCACAAGGUCUUUGUGUGCGGAGCUGGGCCAAUUGGACUGGUCAGUUUGCUCGUGGCCAAAGCAAUGGGUGCAUCUCAAGUGGUGGUGACUGAUCUGUCAGCCUCUCGGUUGUCUAAAGCCAAGGAAGUUGGAGCUGAUUUCCUCCUCCAGAUCUCCAACGAGAGCCCGCAGGAAAUUGCCAAUAAAGUGGAAGGCCUGCUGGGGUGCAAGCCUGAAGUUACCAUCGAGUGCACAGGGGUGGAGACCUCCAUCCAGGCGGGCAUAUACGCCACUCAAUCUGGUGGGACGCUGGUGCUUGUGGGGCUGGGCUCUGAGAUGACCAGUGUGCCCCUAGUGCACGCAGCUACCAGGGAGGUGGACAUCAAGGGUGUGUUUCGAUACUGCAACACGUGGCCGAUGGCGAUUUCAAUGCUUGCAUCCAAGUCUGUGAAUGUAAAGCCCUUGGUAACCCAUCGGUUUCCUCUGGAGAAAGCUCUGGAGGCCUUUGAAACAUCCAAAAAGGGAUUGGGGUUGAAAGUCAUGAUCAAGUGCGACCCCAAGGACCAGAAUCCAUGAUAUGAAUUGGGCUCUGUCCUUGUCCCCACUCUCAGCAUCUUGGGGUUGAGUGGUUGGCUGGGCAGUGGUGGAAGUUUCUUUUGAGUAGUAAGAAUAAUUAAAAUAAUUCAUUAUAAAAAGAGAGGCUUACACAGAGGAGUUGGUGUGCCUUAAAAACACAAGUAGGGGGACUUCCCUGGUGGCGCACUAGUUAAGAAUCUGCCUGCCAAUGCAGGGGACAGGGGUUCAAGCCCUGGUCCGGGAAGAUCCCACAUGCUGCAGAGCAACUAAGCCCGUGCACCGCAACUA